GCGGGGAGAAGAGGAAGGAGGGGUGUGAGCUCAGAGUGACGCGCGUUACGACACAACCAGCAGAACCAGCUGCGGGGGGACACAGACUAUAGAGACAGAAGAGAUCCAGCACCACCCACACACACACACACACACAGAGAGAGAGCGCACUGUUACACCUGUUGUGUUAUUUCUGCAGUCGGAGAGGAUCCGCACAGGGAGAGAUGGUGUAGGAGAAGCGGAUUUCUUGUGCGUGUGAACCGGUGAAUGUAAUUCCUUUACAGUGGUGAGCUGAGCGCGCGAGCAGCGCCCGGUUUUUCCGUCCAGACAGCCGCCUCCUCUUCGAGAGAUACGUGCCGAUGCGAUUCUUCAGACUCACCUUCAAGUGUUUCGUGGAUUGUUUUUGAAGGUGCCCUUUUCAAUCCGGUGAUAAUUUUUUUCUUUCAUUUUUCGCACGAGCCUCCUCAAGCAUCUUAUUUCCCUCCGGUUAUUUCUGCGGACGAUUUUUUUAAACACCUCCCUGAGAAGCCUGACUGAAAAAAAAGCAUAUAUUUUAAAUAAUAAUUCUGAAUAAUAAUAAUAAUAAAUAAAAAAAACAGCCUUUAUAGAAAUAAAAGGCAGAGGACCAGAUCCUGUUAACCCUUACAGGUUUAUAUCAGAUAGAUAGAUAGAAAGAAGAAGAAGAAGAACAGAAGGACAUUUAAAGGAAACUGACUCGAGCCAUCAGACAAAUAAAAAGGAACAAAGAGAGUUGGGAUUAUUUCCAAUCCCAGAGGUACUGACUGAUCCCCCACUCCGUCUUUGUUGUUGUUGUUGUUGUUGUUGUCUGGUUAGGGCUCUGUGAGUGUGAGUGUGUGUGUUUAGGAUGGAGAAGAGCGCACUGAGUGCAGAGGUGAAAGAGAAUAAAAGCCACCUCAUUCCCAAUGGGAGACACGAGGCCGCUAACGGCAUUCUGAUCACCGCAAACAGCGACACCGCGCGUGUGCAGCCAGAGAGAGAGACAUGGACCCGGCCGAUGGACUUCAUGAUGUCCUGUGUGGGCUUCGCUGUUGGUCUGGGGAACGUGUGGCGCUUCCCUUACCUGUGCUACAAAAAUGGUGGAGGAGUCUUUCUCAUCCCCUAUGUGUUGUUCAUAUUCUUUGGUGGAAUUCCUAUCUUCUUUCUGGAAAUUUCUCUGGGCCAGUUUAUGAAGGCUGGAAGCAUCGCUGUGUGGAACAUCGCUCCUCUCUUUCAAGGACUCGGCUAUGCUUCGACGGUUAUAGUGUUCUUCUGCAACACCUACUACAUCAUGGUCUUGGCAUGGAGUUUCUAUUACCUCCUCCAGUCCUUCACUAAGACACUGCCCUGGUCCACCUGCACCAACUACUGGAACACAGAGAACUGCAUCGAGACCUUCCGCCACGACGCCUGCAAGAACGGAACCAUCAGCAACUACACCUUCAUGAACAAGACCUGUGAGGAGUUAGAGAACGCCACGUCUCCUAUCAUUGAAUUUUGGGAGAAUAAGGUGCUGCGUAUCUCCAAAGGCCUGGACGAUAUAGGCCAGAUUAACUGGGAGAUGGUUCUGUGUCUGAUGGCUGUCUGGGUGUUGGUUUACUUCUGCGUAUGGAAGGGAGUAAAGUCGACAGGAAAGGUUGUGUAUUUCACUGCCAUGUUCCCCUACGUUGUCCUGAUCAUUCUCCUGGUGAGAGGCGUGACCCUUCCUGGGGCUUAUAAUGGUAUCAUGUACUAUCUGAAGCCUGACUGGUCAAAGAUUAAAGAGGCCCAGGUCUGGAUCGAUGCCGGUACUCAAGUGUUCUUUUCUUACGCCAUCGGACUCGGAGCCCUGACUGCUCUUGGCAGUUAUAAUCAAUUCAACAACAACUGCUACAGGGAUACGUUUGUGUUGGCCCUGAUAAACAGCAGCACCAGUUUCUUCGCUGGCUUUGUGGUUUUUUCCAUUCUGGGCUUCAUGGCUGCUGAGCAAGGUGUGGACAUCUCAAAAGUGGCAGAGUCAGGACCGGGCCUGGCGUUCAUCGCGUACCCCAAAGCCGUGUCGAUGAUGCCCGUGGCACCACUUUGGGCCGCACUCUUCUUCUUCAUGCUGCUGACACUGGGGCUGGACAGUCAGUUUGUUGGCGUGGAAGGCUUUAUAACUGGCAUCCUGGAUCUGCUCCCUCAGAAGUUUUGCAAGCGAGAAAUCACUGUGGCGAUCUGCUGCACGUUUUGCUUUGUUAUUGAUCUCUCCAUGGUUACACAGGGAGGGAUGUAUGUCUUCCAGAUUUUUGACUAUUAUUCAGCCAGUGGAAUGACCCUGUUGUGGCAGGCAUUCUGGGAAUGCGUGGUUGUCGCCUGGGUUUAUGGUGCUGAUAGGUUUAUGGAUGACAUUGGCCGUAUGAUCGGUUACCGGCCUUUCCCUAUGAUGAAGUGGUGCUGGUCGUUUCUUACUCCAUGUGUUUGCAUGGGAAUAUUCGUGUUCCACCUGGUGAACUACAAGCCUCUUACCUACAACAAUACGUACGUGUACCCAUGGUGGGGGGAGAUGAUCGGAUGGUGGAUGGCUCUCUCCUCCAUGCUCUGCAUCCCUCUUACUGUCAUCUACAAACUCAUCAUGGCCAAAGGAUCCUUCAGACAGCGCUGGGAGAGUCUUACCAAACCCGUGUGGGGUGUGCAUCAUUUGGAGUACAUGGAACCUAACGCAGACAACAGAAGUCUGUCAUCGCUCUCCCCAGGUACCGAAGACAACAUGGUCAUCAUCUUCGAGACCGGCAUGUAGCCGUGAAGAUGGCGGAUCCGCACUGAAGCUGAAGACAAGCUGAUAAUGCCGCUGCCUUUAUUCCAGUUCAGUUUUACACUUGCCUGAAUUAAAAGCCGCAAUUCAAUAGCAACUAGCUGUGAGAAUGAGUUUACAAGAAGUCCAUGACUCAAUCAUGUCAUCUGAUCAGGCAGAAGACGUGGGUUGAAAUCGCUGCUGUUUCUACUUCACUCCAUUUCAGCAGCACACUAUUAGCUUGUCUUUGGUUCAGAUAGAGAUGCACAGCAUGAGAGGGAGUCUAGCUUGGAGUAGGUCUUUCUUACCAUCACCUCCUCAGGGCAGAAUUCCCACAAUCCUCCUCGUUCAGCUUGGCACGGAUAAAAGUUAUGCGUGUGCUCGAUAUGUGGAGGAUAAAUAUGGAUGUGUCAUUUGACUCCAUGGUAAUUAACGCCUGUUUAGACAUAGCAAUUGGGUCCACUGUAUUUGAAACUAAAGGCCAAAAUGGAUGCUCUAUCAUUGCAUUCUCCCUUCUUUAUUCUGUCAUUUAGUAUUACUCUACGUAUAAAACAAUGUAUUUGGUGUAUAUUUAGAUCAAUAUAUUAAUGUGUUAGUUUGAACAUGAGAAUAGAAAAUAGUCUUUCUUUCAUCUUUUUUAUUAACUGACCACUGAUGUGCAUUGAACAAUUCAUUUAUUUUUUUAAUUGUACAAAAUGUCAGCUUUUUAUUUCGCUGGAAAAAAAAAAAUAGAACUCAGUUUGUGUGCCAAACACAAAUGCUUCCUUCAUCUCACUCAGACAGGAAGGACUCGUUGCCAUAAAACUUCUGCAUUUUGCUUUUGUUUGUUUUGUUUUCUUUAAAAAAAAUCAGAUUUUUAUAAAUAUAAGAUUUUUGAACACUAAAUUCAAACUUGGCUUCAUUUAAACUCUUUACCCCUUAAAGCAGUUGCUACAGCCGCCCUUGUAUAUGUAUAUACUGUUCACCCUUAGAACAUAUUUACAAGAAAAAAAGUCUAAAGACAAGGUUUUAGACAAGGCGUCAUAUGUCGUCAUUAUGGGAUAUACACGGGGUCGUCAUUAAGGGGUAAAGAGUGAAAGCAGUCUGUAACAGUUAUACUGUAAUGCUGAAUAAACUCGAUACUGUACUCAGAAAAUAAGUGAUAACAGUGAGGACGAGGACUUAAAGAAGGAGUAAUUCAGCCUUUUCUCAACAUCAGCUUUUUCUAUCAUAUCUGGAGCAUUAUGUCUGGUUACCAUGGAGACGGAUUUCAUCAUAUUUCCCUGUGAUGAGAGAACCUGUUUAAUCAAACUUCAUUUACAGUAGGCAUCUAAAGGGCAGCUGUCAGGGCAGUCAGUAAACUGUGUUUAUAGUAAAACGUAUAUAGAAUAAGUUUAAAAUAACUGCCAGGACACUCCAACGAUGAUGAGAUGGACACGAGACUUAUUUAGUUGUGAAAUUUUAUUAUUAUUUCAUUCAAUUCUGCAAAUUGGUGCAGUAUAGCAAAACACAUUCUGGUUAUCAAUGUUUUUCUGAAGUUUUUGUUUUUACUGUGUCUCUCUCUUUGGAAAAAAAACCCAUACAAUUUAUUCAGAUGUAAAUCUCAUUCAUCUCAUCUCAUUAUCUCUAGCCGCUUUAUCCUUCUACAGGGUCGCAGGCAAGCUGGAGCCUAUCCCAGCUGACUACGGGCAAAAGGCGGGGUACACCCUGGACAAGUCGCCAGGUCAUCACAGGGCUGACACAUAGAAGCCAUUCACAUUCACACCUACGGUCAAUUUAGAGUCACCAGUUAACCUAACCUGCAUGUCUUUGGACUGUGGGGGAAACCGGAGCACCCGGAGGAAACCCACGCGGACAACAUGCAAACUCCACACAGAAAGGCCCUCGCCGGCCACGGGGCUCGAACCCGGACCUUCUUGCUGUGAGGCGACAGCGCUAACCACUACACCACCGUGCCGCCCGUGCUAAAAUGUUUGGUAUUUAAAAUUAUUCACUGAAGGUGAAGUGAAUAUCAGUGAAUAAUAACCGAGAUGAAGUCAAGGUUAUUAUUCACCGAUAUUCACUGAUCCUGAGGUGGGUGAUUAUCUCAAAAAAUUUUAAAAAUCAUAUUAAAAAAAAUGUAUUUCAAACUUCAAAAGUGACAUGCAAAUGUAAUAAAGGCGUGGCACCGACUUGUCACUUAUCUCUGCCGUGUCACAUAAAAUACUUUGUUUUGAAAAUAAAAAUAAAUCACACUUCUACCUUUGAAUAGUUUUCAACCAAACUUCAUAGCAUCUUUGGUGCUUUUAGGAACAGCAUUUUCUUUCAUAGUUUGUCCUCACUCACAGUGACAAAGCGAUUGGCCGCCAUUUUGCUGAGUCGCUCAAGCUGAUUAUCGAGAAAUAGUCCGAAUUUCUCCACCAAUCAGCGCACAUAAUUUCCUAUAAUCGCUGGCAUAUUUAUACUCAAAAUGUUUAUUGCCACCCUUUGACAUCUGCCCUUAGACUUUUAUUAUCCAGCUAGUUAAUUUUUUUUCCUCAGUAGAAAACAUUUAAAAGUAAAUAUUUAAAAAUUGCAUUCAUGGUAAUGACACAUAGAAUACAGUUGUGGUGGAUUUGAAUUAGGUUGAAAAACAGCAGAGUAUUCCUUAAAUAUCAAACUAAAAUGAUUACACUAGAAACCUUAUAGAGGUUGGUUGAUAUGCAGGAUUUUUUAACAUUUUGAUAAAUGGUUUGGGUUUCAACGCAAAUGAAAAACCACAGCAAGUGGCUUUUUGCUAACAUUGAGGUUUAGUGUGUUAACUAAUGGAGUGAGAGAACACUCCAGUCAUGUAAUAGUAGUGAAUAAUGGAUUGUUAGUGUAAGGUCUGUGCGGAAGUGAUGUACAGCCUGAGUUGACGGGUUACAGUUGCCAAACUUUGCCUUUUAUUGUUUGUUUCACUGUAAGAGCCCAUUAAUUUCUAAAUGUAUAUUAAGUCCAAGUGCACUGUGGGAAUUCUGCCCUUCUUUCCUUACUCUAGUGUACCUUACUCUAAGCCUUUCUAACACUAUCAACAUGUACAUACCAUGAGAAUUAAAAAAAAAAAAAUAGAUGUUAAAUUUUAAUCUUAACUUUUGUUUUACAUAACGUGAAAGAAGCCAGAGAUUUAUUUUGUGAAGGCUUUUAUUUGGUUGUGUUUAUACACACACACACAUACGUGUGUACAUGUAUAUGCACACGUGUGUCUGUGUGAUACACAAGUAUAAAUAUCCAUACUGAAUAUCUGUGAGGUAUAUUUUAAAAGUUUGCUGCAGGAUGAAUUUUUGAUAAAGCUAUGACUGUGGACCGAUAGUUAUUAAUGAUAGUCAACGGCGUUACAGAGAGAAAUGUUAAGACAGCACAUUAUGUUGUCUGUUAUAAGUAUCAAGGGUGUGUGUGUGUGUGUGUGUGUCUGUGUUAGAUUUCAAUAUUGUCAGCUGACCACCCAGGGACCAAUACAGUAUUGUAGUUAUAUGAUCAUCUCAUCUACCUGUAGUUUUAUUAAUAAAAGUGAAAAUAUCUCACGUCCAGACACACAAGAUACUGUACAGCUGAGUGCAAAAGUUUGUACACCCUUGGAACAACAAGACUAAGACAACUUCAUUGUAUGUAAUUGUAUAGUGUGUUAGGUUUUGUAGAUAUCCCUUCCUUAGAAACGUAACAAAAGUCCUUCAAGUGCAUGUUAAGAUAUUAAUAACCCCAAAAUGAUCCAUUCAAAAGUUUGUGAUUGUAAUAUUCCUUGGUAAAUUGUGUAACUGCCUCCAGCCUUCUUUUUCAUCCAGAAAACACAGGGGAUGCAAACUUUUUCACUCUACCCCCUUGAGCAUUGCAUGCACAGCAAUUAAUCCGAUCUAAGAAUCUCUCAGAGUAACUCAGAAUAUUGAAGCAGCUUCUGUGACGUUCGUGCUCGUUUCCUAAAACCUUUUAAUCAAACUGAAAGCAGUGAAGCUGAUCACAGAUCACACGUGCAGCUCAUUACGACACAUUCAGAGCUCGUUCAAUCUAUGUGAAAAUAAUAUAUUGUAAUGGAACCAGUGACUUUGGAUUAAUCAAAUUAAUCUGAUUAAUUGCUUGAAGCAGACAGCAUUCGAAAACACCUUCCAGGCAGUAUUAAUCCCAAAGACUUCUAACUUCAUGAGACCAAAACCAGCAAAACUGCCUGCAAUUAUCAAGUGUUCUAGGUCACAUAUGUAAUGCGUUAACCAGGUUUAUAAAAGAAAACAUUCGUACACUUAAUGAUCAGUUUAUUAGGAACAGGUGUGGACCCCAUUCUGAGAUACUUUUCUGCUUAGCAUGGCUGUAAAGAGUGGUUACAACUAUAAAACGUGUUGUGCAUGUAAAUCCCAAGAGGCACUCAAUUUCUGAAAGACUCAAACCAGCUCAUCUACAACACUUGUGCCACAGUCAAAGUCACCAUCACAUUUAUUCUUCAUUCUGAUGUGAACAUUAACUGAAGCUGUUAACCCAGAGCUAUACGAUUUUACGCACAGCCACAUGAUUGGCUGAUCCCAGAACCAAAAGCACCUUCUGGUAGUUUAGUUUUGAGUUGAGAAUCUGGUUCUCAUUUCUCAAAUUAAACCAAAAACCAAGCCCAACAAAACUGCCAGUGAUGAUCACUGAUCACAGGUUUAGCAUCUGAACUAUUUCCCUUUUUUUUUUUUUUUUUGAGUUUCUCGAAUUCCUCUUCAUCCAGCAGCACCCUGGGAUGGUCAGCUGAUAAAAUGUUUAGUCAUUGUAUGUAGAAAAGAAGACACAUGAACAUUAAAAAAAAAAGUUGUUCUUGACAGUAGCUUUGUCCCAAAGACUUGCUCACUGCAAACGAACUGGAGUUUGGCCUAGUUAAUUAGAUGAAGUAAUGCUAAAUUAGAAAAACUGAGGCUUGUAGAAAAUAUAGAAAAGUAUGGAAAGAUGUUUUCUUUAAUCAGUAAUUGUUUGCAUUACUAAAUGAAUUGAUUAAUCAAUUAAUUGAUUAAAAAGAAAUCAAGUAUCAGUGAAUUAAAUCUAUUUUGAAAUGAACUUAUAACUUUUACUCUUCUAUAAAUUGAAAACUUAAACAUAAAUCUGUAAUGAAAAUCUGUCAAACGUUUUUGAAGUUAAAUUAACCAGCAGUAACAAUUUUUUAAAUAAAAAAAUGUAUAAUCUAACAAAGCAAUGGGGUUUUUUUUCAAUUUGUGAACUCUUUAAAGUGUACUGAUUCGAUUCGAAUCUAAAUCAAGAAACAUUAAGUCGAGAAAUGAACUUUUCAUUAAACAAUAUUAGAGCAUAUUAUCUUAGAGGUAGACAAACACUAAAGCUUUGGGUCAGGUUACUGUCUCGAAGGUUCUCGCUUAUUAACAUAGAUAACUUAGUGAUUAACUCUUUCAUCGUUGUGCUUUGUGACAUGCUGUGAGCUGUAACCACAGUCUUCCAUUCGUAAGCUGAAGUAGUAAUAACAUAACGACUCAUGCUGUAAAAGUCAUUGCUCAUGCAGGAGUUGAUCAUUGAAGAUGUUGAUGUAUAAAGGGCUUCAUGCUUUAUACCACUGUGACUGUGUGCUGAAGAUCCACUCACCCAUACCACAGCAACAACUGGCAAUAAAACUAACUCCAUGGCAACA